GCUUAGUGCACUUAAUAGAGAACAUGACCACCACAGGACCACCGCUGACCAAUUAUUAUACAGGUCAUGGAACAUUCUCGGUACAGCAGAGACAUUGACAAGGUAGUGGUAUGGUAGAGCGUGUAAUGCUAGUAUGAAUGUGUAAGUCACAGUGAUGUGGUUGUGGUUUUAUACACCACAAUGUCACAGCUGGGCUAAGCAUAGGCCACCAGCAAAAAACAUCCAGCCAACAGUGCUUCUGUGGCCAGAAAUUGACUAGACAAUGAAAGACUAGAAGAUGAGCAACACAAAUGUGCAUGAAAAGAGCUAUAGUCUCUUACCACAAGGGAUACCAACAAGGUGUUUCUAAUGAGGUGAACUAUAAAUGUGCAGUGUUUAAAACUCUCUGCUGUGCUGAGAAUGGUCCACUAUCCAACUACUAUCUGGUUAGCGUUGGCCCUAUGGUGGUCCUUUUCUAAUUUUAAACGGGUGAGAUGGAAGCUAGACAGACGGGAUACUGUCAGUAAUUACAAACCUACAAAAUGCACCUUUAAGGUAAGUGUUUGUGUUAUUUUGUACACCCUCUGUACACAAAAAUAAAGAAUUAAUACUUUUUGGCCAGGUAAGUAAUUAUGCUGCUGUAAAUGACAUUCAUUAUACAUUUUGACCUGUGUUGGAAUAUAUAAUUUAAUAGAUUUUCUUUAUUAGACACUGAAAACUAAGUCAGGUGUCCAUAUGUUUUGGGUACCCUCCAAUGAAUCUUUCCUACCUGCUCGCCUGGAUUUUGCCUAAUCUGGAAGCCAUGCGCUAGUCAGCUCUUUCAGUAUAUUUAGUGAUGCCGUGGGCUACAGAUCAGACGACAAAGAAAAACAAAAGAAAAGGUAGUUUUAUCAGAGCUGGUUUAAGCAGAGCCUGGCUGUUUUCUAUUUCUCCCGUUAUAAAUGACUAAAAAUGUUAAAAUAAUAAUAAUAAAAAAAAGUUAAAAUAAUGUCUAUCGACUUGUCCAGGAUCUUCCCUUAAUUUUGGAAAGCAGAAAGACGUAUUUUACUAAAAAAGCAAAGAAAACUCACCAGUAUAUUUCUUUUUUUCACAGCAGGUUUUGGGCAGUAGGACGCUGGCAUUACUGCUACUGAGUGCUAAUUGGUUGGUGAGCUGAUCACCUCAUACAGCGGUUGGUGCUCACUGACAUCAGUGACACACAUGAGGCACCAUAAAGUCCCUUAACUGGAGUUCAAAAGCGCGCAAAAAUGUAACAGCAGGGUUAAAAUGUCUUCUGCUGUGCUGUGUUCAGGAAAUUAAGGCAUUCUUCUAUAUAAAAACGUCUAAGCAGUUAAAAACUAUUAUUUUGCUCAAAUGCUCCAUAUUAAUCCAUUCAUGUUGGACUCGCUGGACAGCGCCCUCCGGCGUUAAACAAGCCCGGAAAACAGUCCUGAGUGGCAGCUCUCUCUGGUUUUAUUUAUGUAUUCAUGUAUUCGGGCGCAGUCUUCGUUUAGGCCUGCAGCGCUGUAAUGUUAGACCGCCAUCUACUGGUGCGAAACCACUCCAACCUACUCCUCUUCAGUCCCCGUGACUGCAUCUCCUUAUACCACCACAGCACCAUCGGUCUCCACAGCGGUUAUUGAGGUGGUAGCGGAGAACUUGUAGAGAGAUAACUCAUAAUUUAUAAUCCGGCUCUGGUAGUAGUUAAUGAAUGUAUUCAUUAUAGUAUCGACUCUUUUUGUUCUGGUAGUUUUUUCAUUAUGUGUGACUGUCACAACCCCUCCAGGGCGAUAGAUGGCAGUAAGUACAGUCAGUUUGAGCGCGAACUUGCUUUGGUUUUGUUUGGCUUGCUGCUAACUGUGCUGGCUGGCUGUGUCUUUGAGGCAGUUAACUAAGCUGGUGGUAACGGGGGGCUGAUUUUGGAGGAAUUUGAAGGAAGGAGGAUUUGUUCACUGAAGUCCCCUGUAUGAUAUUUAAAUAGUGAAGGCGCAGAUGCUGAUCUUUUGCCAUCUUUUGUUUGAGGGGUCAGUUUGUCCUUUUGGAAUUAAUGCACCAUGGCCAAUGAUCAAGGCAGUGCUGAAGAUGAACCUCCAUCGCUGUUGUGGGGACUGGACCCUGUGUUUUCUGCCUAUGCCAGGCUUUAUAUUAAAGACAUACUACAAAUGAGGGAGUCUCGACAAGUUCCAGGAAUCUACUUCUAUAAGAAUCACCCGCUGUUCCAAGUGGACGUGCUGGGCACUGUUGUAUACAAACGAGAGAGAGAAGACUUUUAUUGCUAUGGAGUAGAUGACAGUACUGGAGUCAUUAACUGUCUGUGCUGGAAAGAUGAGAAAUGGAGAAAUCAAGGAGAUUCAGUGAGGGGAAGCAGCCAUGGCGGAGUCUUUAAUGUGGAGGAGCAGUUGAGAAAGCUCUGUGAAGCUCAGAGGAUCGGAUGUAUGUUGGAAAUUGGAGACCUGCUCCGAGUGCGUGGCUCCCUCAAAACCUCUCGGGAGCAGAGGGAGAUCAUGGCUUCUUCGUUUUAUAAAGUGAGUGAUCCUGUGAUGGAUGUGCAGAUUGCUCGGAUGCUGGAUAUGCCUCAGCUCUACAGGGACUGCUACAACAAGCCCUUCCAGGUGCCGUGUGGUGAGCUUGAAGCGGGCACCACUGAUGCUGGUGGGCCGUCAAAUAUCCAGUCUUUGCUUGGUCAGUCAGUUUGCAUCCUGAAGGAGUUCCUGAAAGAGAAAGAGGUGCCCAAGUUUAGGCCCUACGACGUUGAGUAUCUCUUACACCCUCUGAUCCGGUCGCCUGUUCCGAGCACAUCAACAGGACAGGAGUCAACUUCUGUUGGUCCAUCAUUUCCCACACAAGUCAAGAACCUUCUUAAAGAAACACUAAAGCUUCUCCAGAGAGAGGGGGAGAUAUUCCGCAAGGUCCUGUCCCCAGAUGAGCUUUACCAUGUAACUGAACAGGAUAAAGAUCUGCUUGCGGCGAUCCGAGAUGUCAUACGAGAAGAUUCCAAAAGAGAGAAAUAUGCUGAGAAGGGUUGCCAUAUCCUGCAUGUCUUAUCCAGUGUAAGGCAGCGCUACAGUCGUAAUCUGAGCAGAGAAGCCCUGGAAGUCGCCCUCAAGUUUUUAGAGUGCAACAGUGACAUCAUCAGCACUACGGACUCUCACUACACUGUUUUAUAGCAGUGAAAUUUGAAACAUCUUGGAAAAGCCACAGAUCCACCCCAUAGACAGUUCUGUAGAAACCUGUUAGGUCCAUGGAAAGAGUGCUCAAGUCUUUGGUAUUACAAAACACAGAAAAAUGGAAGGUGCAAUUACAUUGCUGUAAACGUGAGGUAUUUCUUAUGAGUAAUUAGAACCAGUUCCAUCAUGAACAGAUUUCGUCAGGGUCACUGGAAGUACCAUUUUUAUUGACAGUGUUCAGUUUACACUGCAGUUGUAUUGCAGUAAUUCUCCUAAGUGGGGCUUAAAAGGAAUAUUAGUCUUUUUUUUUUUUUAAACAUGUAUUAGGUCUAAUUUAGUGUAAAUGUGGAGACUUUGUUUAAAAAUACUUUAGAAUCAUUUAUAAGUUUCCUCUCAUUUGAGAAACUCACAGAAAAUGCUGAAUGACGUUUUUCUUGAAAAAAAGUGUACACUGCAGGCUUUUUCCAACUCAAGUUUAAAUCAUGUUUUAAAAAACAAUAAAAAAUAAAUAUAUAUCGAUGUUUGUAUAUAUGUUUCUAUAUUGUCACUAUCGGA